GGAGCAUAUCAUCACAUGGUCCGGCGUCCUCGGAACGUUGGACCAUACCAUCCCAUGGUCCGGCAUCCCCGCGAGGUCGGAUCACACCAUCGCAUGGUCCGGCGUCCUCGGGAUGCCGGACCAUACGAUCACAUGGUCGCGUGCCGAGGACGCCAGACCAUUGUGUCGUUUCUGUUUCCGUUCGGGGAGUGGGGGGCCAUGUGCUGUGAACGUCCGACGCUCCCUCUGUUGGUGCACCCUUUUGCGAUGAAAGACCAGCGUGUGCCCUCGGGAGUUGUCGUCCGACAGCGGUGCCCUGUGAAAACGGUUCGCGGUGAGAUGGUCAUGGCGGUUGUUUGUCGUUUCUGUGUGUGCGAGUCGUGGAAGUUCGUCGGGUACGGCAUGCGGGUCGCUGCUAUGCCUCCUUUUGAUAAGUCGCGGAAAAAAGACGGAUCGCAGGUUGUGAUGCUCCGCCCUUUCGAUUUUCUCAAGAGAAUUAACUGUCACAAGGUGUCUAGGCAUGUGUGCACGGUGGACAACAAAUUGGCGCUCUCGGAACCCCUCAUACCGUUCGAUAUUCAACUUGACGAGUUCGCAUCGAAGCUUCGGUCUUAUAAAUUGCAGGUGUUGGGCCAGGCUAUUCUACACAGUGCGAUCUCUGCUGGGUCGCCUCAUGGCGGUGGGGACCCGGGUGCUCGACAAAUCAGCUCGGUGGGAAUUACCGAACGUGAUAAGGUCGUAGAGAAGUCUGAGCCUGUCCAUAAGUCUGAUCUCGCGCCGCGUUCACUAACGAAUACGGUGUCCAAACGGUUAGCGCCGGGUCUGAAGCGAUGGCAAGGUCCGGUGGAAGCUUCGUUUUCACGUCAUGAUGGUGGCAGCGAAGUUUGCGAGGAUCCUGAUAAGACGGAGGACGACUUAUCAGUUGAGCAACAUGUGCUUGAGAGAAAUACUGAAGGGAACGAAGGACAUGACGAAGACGAAGACGAUCAGUUCGCUGGCUACGACGGUGGUGACGGUGACGAACAGGGAGUCAGGGACAGCGAGGAAGGGGUGGAAGACGAGGACGGAGGGGACGACGAUGACGGUGGGGAUGACGAGGAAGACGGUGACGACCAUCGUGGGCUCAAAGAUGGCGAUGACGACGAGGAAACUGGGGUUGGGGAGGCGGAGGACAAAGACAGCUACGAAGCGGGGAGUGAAGGGGUUGGAGAGGACGUCCUCAACACACAGAGAUUGGAGUAUGAUGACGACGGCAAUGCGAUCGAUCGGCCUGUUCAGGUGUUCGUAGAUGUCCGCAAGAUUUUGCCGAACCCAGACAACGGGGAAUUCCAGUACAAUCACAGACCCUUGAACGAGAUGUUGGUCGCCUCCAUAAAAGACUCUAUGGAACGGCCAGAGAAACAGAAAGAGUGGGACAGAAACACCUUCAUUCUGACUCCUGUUAUAGAAGUCAUGCGGAAUGGGCAGAAACAUUGGCAACGUUUGAAACCCAAGGACUGGAGGGACGAGGAUGUCAAUUCGUACCAUUGGUACGUCGUAGCAGGCCAAAACACGGUGGAUGCUGCGAAGAGGUUGGAGCGAGCAAACUCUCGAGCUGCUAGGAAAUGGGGCGUGCAGUCAUGGAAAGCGCGUGCGGUGUACUUCGAUGAUGACCAUCUUGACGGGUAUGCCUACAUUUCCACAUUUGACAACACGAGGGAGACUCGAUAUAUCCCUUUGUCGUUCAGAAUGGCUGUCACCGCAAUAAGAGGGUUGUGGCGUCAUAUGAAAUUCCCGAAGGGUGACUGGCAUCUGGCUAAAACAAAAGAUGAGAAGGUGGCGCAGCAGCAGAACUAUCACUCUUUUCUGCGCGAAGCGAUACGGAUGACACCAGACACCAAGCUCUGGAAUCAGUCGCUGAACAACAAAUUUGUCCAUAAUUGGUCCAACCUCUUGAGGCCGUUCAUGUGCCUUGCCACCACUGGCAACGCAGUGUGGCAGUUGGUGAACCGGUUCUUCGAUAUGUGGGAGAAAGGGGAAUUGCCUGGGCAGGAUGGAGUCAGGCCGGUUGAUCAAGAGGGGAGGCCAGGCGAGGCGUCCGGUGCAGGUCCAACUGCCAAAAUAGUGAAACGGAAAAAGGAACUGGUGCACUACGUGCAGUCGAACAAAAGUCCAAAUGGGUACUAUGUGUGUGUUCAUGACCCUGCGGCGAGCGCUUGGAAAGUGUUCGGGGAUUUCACUGCUAGGGAGAAGGAGAUGGCAUUGGAUUUGAUUUUGGCAGGGAAGGUCGUUGUCACCACCGGCAGGACUUUCGCCAAGAAACUGAUGAACAUGAACGACCUCUACACAGAAGUGCGCAGGGAGAGAUACAUGGUGUGCAUGUUCAACUACGUGCUCUUCAAGUCGGAAUGUAGGGGACAGCGUGAGUGGAAUGAAAAUUUCUUCAUCGGGUAUGAUGAUAUUAUGAAGAGGUUUCAGCCGCACUGGUUGACAAAAGAUAAAUGGGAGAAGAAGAAGAUGAAACUUCCAAUUCAGAGAACGAACAACGAGGGGAAGAGUGUGCUUCUUAUGGGCAACGUCCAAUCUGGGUCAGUUUGGGACUUGCUUCGAUCUUGCCGUCAUGUGGUGGCAUGUGACGGCUCUACCACCAUGCUCGAAUAUUGUUCGUGGUUUAUUGAUCACCUCGUCCAUAAUUCCGAAAGUCGUUGUCACUUCGAACGGCCCAAAACCCAGCAUUGGCCAGACCGAGACAUGUUCCUGAAACUCGGAAAGAAGAGGGAAUCUUUAUGGAAGUACUUGUUCUGCAAUGCUCCUGACACACGAACGGAGACUGAUUACGUUGCGCGAAAAGUCGUCGCUCUCCAACACCUCCAGCGGUACCACGACGCCAAGAUUGGUGCAAUCGAGAUAUUUCUGGCACGUUGCGAGGACCUGUGGUUCGACGCAAGGAUUUAUAACGAAGCGUUGAAGCCUGAAGACCGUUUCGAUAUGAUGGACAAUGAGGAGGAUACCGAUGAUGAUGAGAUCGACCUGCCGCUGCCUGAUGCAAGAAACCACGCAGCUGACAAGAACAUGCGCACCGGGUCCUUAUCGGGGGGGGACCCGGCGGUGGUUGAAGUCGGGGGACCGACAAUGGCCAGCUGCAAGACCGCCCAGCUCACACAUACGCAGACGUCAUCCGCAGGAGAUGGUACCGAGGCAAGCACUUCGAAAUGGAAAGACAAGAGAGGCGCCCCAGGGUUUCCAACGCGGAUGCGGCAAAUGUUCGACCACAUCAUGGAAAUGCCAACAGAGAACCAAACUCGUGGUCAACAUGACGACGCGGGGCCCGAGGAGGAUGAUAUGUGUCUGGAGGACAAUCCGCUGUUCCACAUUCCAGACGACGAGGACAAAGAUCUAACUCCUGGAGAUGAAAUCGAAAGUCACAUGAAGGAGAGCAAAGGAGGACCUCACGUUUUGAACACCAAGUUCACAGAGACCGAGGGGAAAAGACGGCAGGUCCGGGAUGUGGUGGGGAAAAGGCAGGAAAUACAAAGGAACAGGGGGGAAAAGAAGACCACAACCGACGAAGAUGCGGGAGAUGCCGGAGAUGGGGGUGCCCAACGGGUGCGCAGUGGACUGGGAGACCCGCUUUCGGCAGCCAACACAGGCAUGUCGUCACAUGGAGGAUGGAGUGGAUGGGAGCACGAUGCGGGAGAUGCACUGGUAUUUGGAGGAGCAAGCCCGCGGGAUACUACUGAGCCUUUAACGGAUAACAGAGAUGAGGGGGACAAACUUAUGCACAUGGUAUGCACUGGCUCUGGCUCGCAGAUAGCCCCAGACUCGAUGGAGAGGGAAGAAGGUGGUGGUAUGGAGGGAGUUCCUAUGACACAUGGUCGUGAUGCGGGAAAUGAUGAUGAGGAAGCUGAUGGGGAUGCAAACCUCGAACACAACAUGGAUGUGGACAGCGAGGAUGGAUUGGGAAAGGAAGCUUCAUGCUGUGGCAGAUCCGGCGGCAGCAGUUCGCACGUGAUCAACUUGAUCGAACAAUCAGGUGAGAACGGAGGAAAGUCACACAAUGAAGGAAGAUCGUUGUCAUCAGCCGAACCAACAAAAAUGGACCAUGCUUUGCAUGAUGGGGCUGAGGGAAGGUGCAGUCCGAAGCGUGAAACACGAGAGGAAAAAGAGGAAUGCGGUGUGCGGCGCUCAAAGAGAGGCAGGGAGAAGAAAGCAGCAUAGCACACACGCAUGUGCAUGUGUGUAUGUCUUGCAGUGACGUGUGUGUGUGUAUGUGUGUGUGUGUGUGUGUAUGUGCAUAUGUGUAUGUUCAACAAUUGCAGAACAUUUCAUCACGAAUGUGACAAUCAGUUUGACAAGUCCAAUCUAUGUAGCACGAGGACGAUCCCCGUCACAGCUGCAUAUAGCUCAUACUUUUUCACUAAACUUCUAGGCAGGAACAUGGAAUAUAAGUACGAUAAAGUUGCUAGAUGGUU